AUGCCAUCGUCAACGGGAGUAUUCGUGCUAAUGAUCCUCACUCACCUGAGCCUGGGCCAGGUGCGAAACGAGGACCAGCUGCUGAUGCACCAGCAGCAUCAGCAGCACCAGAGCAAUCAUAAUCUGAACAAUGGCAACAUGAACAGCACCCUGCUGAACACCUUGAUGGGUGGAAAUGCUGGUCAGGUGGUGAACAGUUCACCCGGAGGCGGAUCCAUGAUCAAUCAGUUGGGCAGCAGCACAUCCAGUGUUCCCUCGGUAAUGGGCGGUGGCGUGGGCUCCGUGGGAAUACCCUGGCAUUCGGGAGUCGGACUUGGAGUUCCUGGCAACGGAAUGGGAUUACCAUCGUCUCAUGGUCAUGGCGGGAAUCUGGGCUCCCAUCCACAUGGACAUGCAUUGGCAGGACUGGCAAAGUUGGGUAUCAUAGUGCCAGGAAGCCAGGGAUUACCCGGAAAUAUGGGGUAUGGCGGAACAAUGCUUGGCGCUGGCGGCGGCGGCGGAGGAGUAGGAGCAGGUGCUGGCGGAAUGGGCCUAGGAAUCGGCUCCAACUCUAACAACAUGGAUAUGCAGCAAGGCCUUUACAA